UACGUGGCCUGGGCCGGGCUGAGGCCGGAGGGUGUUUCGGACCUGCAGCUGUGCGCCUUCCGUGGGUUCUCAGGCUCGGAGCGGACCUCCGUGCGCCUUUGGAAGAGAUGGAGAGAGAAGCAGAAAAUGGAGAGCCUCCUGAAAUGAAGAUCAUCAAGGAGGCGUACGAGAAGGCCUUUAUGUUUGUCAAUAAAGGACUGAACACAGACGAAUUAGGGCAGAAGGAAGAGGCAAAGACCUAUUACAAGCAGGGAAUAGGGCACCUGCUUAGGGGCAUCAGCAUCGCGGCGGCAGAGCCAGGGCACACAGGCCCUGCGUGGGAGGCCGCCAGACAGAUGCAACAGAAAAUGAAGGAAACGCUUCAGAACGUCCGCACCAGGCUAGAGAUCCUGGAGAAGGGCCUCGCCACUUCUCUACGGAAUGACCUUCAGGAAGUGCCCAAGUUAUACCCAGAGUUCCCUCCUAAAGACACGUGCAAGAAGUCCCCAGGGCCCGAGUCAGCUCCCCAGCAUGCUGAAGUGGAUGGAAGAGCCUCAGCUGCGGGUGCUGGGCCAAGUGCCGCGCCUUCUGCUCUGCCGUUACCAUCGCCCGGCUGCCCUGCCGAAGCGCCACCAGCCUACACCCCACAGGCUGCUGAAGGCCACUACACUGUUUCCUACGGGACAGACUCUGGGGAGUUUUCAUCGGUGGGAGAAGACUUCUAUAGGAACCGUUCCCAGCCGCCCCCUCUUGAGACCUUGGGGCUCGAUGCAGAUGAGCUGAUCUUGAUCCCAAAUGGAGUGCAGAUCUUUUUUGUAAACCCUGCGGGAGAGGUCAGUGCUCCCUCAUACCCUGGCUACCUGCGGAUCGUGAGGUUCUUGGAUAAUUCUCUGGAUACAGUUCUGAACCGCCCUCCUGGAUUUCUCCAGGUGUGUGACUGGUUAUACCCUCUAGUUCCUGAUAGGUCACCAGUUCUCAAGUGCACCGUGGGAGCAUACAUGUUUCCAGACACCAUGUUACAAGCUGCUGGGUGCUUUGUGGGGGUUGUUCUCUCAUCUGAGCUCCCAGAAGAUGACAGAGAGCUGUUUGAAGAUCUGUUGAGACAGAUGUCUGACCUUCGGCUCCAGGCCAACUGGAAUAGAGAAGAAGAAGAAGAGGAAGAAGAAGAAGAAGAUGAAUUCCAAAUCCCUGGGAGAGCAAAGGAACUACCAAAGGAAGCGUCUGGCACUGAUGUCAGGCAGUCAAGUUCUUCAGGUUCUUCAAUAGACCAAGGCAGCAAGGAUGCACGCCAUAAAGGAAAGCGUGGGAAAAAGACUAAAGAUUCUUCAAGUGAAGAAGUUAAUCUGAGACAGAUCGUGCCUUGUGAGCCAAGUUCAGAAGAAAAGUCGAAAGACCUGCCUGAAUGGAGCGAGAAGGUGGCCCACAACAUUCUGUCAGGUGCUUCCUGGGUGAGCUGGGGUUUGGUCAAAGGUGCUGAAUUUACUGGCAAAGCAAUUCAGAAAGGUGCUUCUAAACUCAGAGAGCGCAUUCAGCCAGAGGAAAAGCCAGUGGAAGUGAGUCCAGCUGUUACCAGGGGCCUCUACAUAGCGAAGCAGGCAACUGGAGGAGCCGCAAAAGUCAGUCAGUUCCUGGUUGAUGGCGUCUGCACAGUAGCGAAUUGUGUUGGCAAAGAACUCGCUCCACAUGUCAAGAAGCAUGGAAGCAAACUCGUUCCAGAAUCUCUGAAGAGAGACAAAGAUGGGAAGUCUACCCUGGAUGGCGCCAUGGUUGUGGCAGCAAGUAGUGUUCAAGGAUUCUCAACUGUCUGGCAGGGACUGGAAUGUGCAGCUAAAUGCAUCGUUAACAACGUGUCUGCAGAAACUGUACAGACUGUCAGAUACAAGUAUGGGCACAACGCAGGAGAAGCUACACAUAACGCGGUGGACUCGGCUAUCAAUGUUGGGGUCACUGCCUACAAUAUUGACAACAUCGGUAUCAAAGCCAUGGUGAAGAAAACUGCCAAGCAGACGGGACACACUCUCCUUGAGGACUACCAGAUCAUUGAGAGUCCUCAGAGGGAAAGUCAGGGAGGAGCAACAAGCAUAGAAGGGACAAGAGAUGUGGAAAGGAAGAUGGAGGAAGAGAAGAAAGGGGCAAAAAAGAAAGAUAAAUAACAGGUGUUCUGGUAGUGACCCGCACCAAAGCCUUACCAGAUGGAGGGGUGUGGAGAGGAUGUGGAUUCUCCACAGAAGAACAGCAUCUUCUAUCAGUUCAUUCCUACCAAGUGACUGUUGGAAGUUUGGGGCAUGUAUCCACUUACAAGGAAAAUAAUCAGUAUUCUUACAUCUGGCUUCUAGACAUAUGCAGUUUGUAGUCUCAGUAAGUUUAUUUUCCCUUAAAUGUGGCUAAAGUAUUUUUGCAGUUAAAUAAAGCUUGUAAUAUAUGUGAUUUAAACCUAA